GAAUCGAUCCGAUAUCUUCUUUAACCCCUGCUACUACCUACUAGCAGAACCACCAACUCCCUAAGUUGUCUUCUCCAGGGAAGAUCUUUCUAGCUUAUAAUCCAGAGAAAAUAACUGAAAAAAACGCCUACAAGCCAAGAUUUCAUGUAUUUUCGAAGCAAUCCUUUCUUGUCUUUUAAUCAUUAAUCUUAUUCGGUUUUUGUUUUUACUAUUAAGUUCCGUGCUUCUUCUCCUAACCUGUAUGUAAAUGGCGGAAUUUAGGGGUCAGAGACAAGCUUCGAGGUCACCAAACCCUGGAGAAAAACUUUCACUUCACAAAUCUCUAUCGAUAAUGUAGUCUAUACAGAUGCGUGUCAAGUCAGAUCAGUCCACGAAGAUAUUGAAUUCGUUAUUCAUUCAUUGUGACUUCAGCUUCCGUUAGUGGAAUCUGGAACCCAAAAAUAAUAAAAAAUCAAAUGGAGUAGGUUUUAGCUCUGGUUUGGCUGGUUUCAUAAAGGCAAAGGUUGGAUUUUCCUUGAAAGAUCUGAGCUGUUUCUUUUUGGUUUUUGUUUGUGUAGAAUUUGAAGAAUUCAUUGGUAUGCAAAACUGAUGUUAUCUAAUUUGAGAUUUCGGUUAAUCAUGUUGACCUUGAUCUCUUAGAACUGUAUAAAGGAAUUGAGAGUUUCGAGUUUGGAAAUUUAUAGCAGCAGAUUGAUUAGUUGAAAUCAAUCCAUCUGAAUAUCUGAUUGUAUUAUUGUUGGUAUUUGAUGCUUAAUGGAAACUGUAACUGAAGAUAGAAUUUUAGGGAUGGUGCUAUGAGAAAGUAAUGGAUGGACUUUCACAUCAUCAAUUACACGAUCAGCAAGGAACUACUGAGAAUUCAUUGACUCCGGUUGGUCCGGCUGCAUCUAGGACUGUUAUUGUGGUAAGAUCUGAAGAGUCUGCGAGUGUUAGUGCAGAAGAAGGAGAUUCAAAAGCUGAAAUCAAUGAAUUGGAAACAAGCAAGGAAUCUGCGGAAGAACGGAAAGUCAGUGUUUCAAAAUCAGAGGGACAUGCUUCCAUCAUUGAUAUUAAAUGCAGUGGUGGAACAUUAAGUAGUGAAAAUUGGGAUGACGAGAAAAUUUGCAGGAUCUGUCUUUUAAGUUCCGAUCAGUCGUCUGAUGGGUCAGAUACUAUCCUGCUUGGUUGUGCCUGUAAAGAUGAACUUGGCUUUGCACAUCGUCACUGUGCUGAAACCUGGUUUAGGUUAAAAGGCAACAGAUGUUGCGAAAUUUGUGGAGAGACUGCAAAAAAUAUCACAGGUGUAGCGGACAACAGAUUCAUGGAGGAAUGGAACGAAAGCGGGUUUGCUGCCAGCAGUAACAACCCCUCAAGCAGGGGUGGAGGAUUCUGGCGAGGACAGCCAUUUUGUAACUUCCUGAUGGCAUGCCUAGUAAUAGCUUUUGUGCUCCCAUGGUUUUUGCGUGUCAAUAUUUUUUGACAGGGACAUGAAUGAGAUACACUCGUAAGUUGUUCAUCAGACAUCAUUCUGUGCAUGGCCACAUGUGACAAUAGGUGUCUUUUGUUGCUGGAUGUUAGUGUGUUAUGAUAUCAUCCAGUCAAAACAUCUUAAUGCUGUGAUUCUUAUUAUGAUCUAGCAUGAAAAUGAUCCUUGUUGGUUCUGGCCAUCCAUUUUUCCAAGCCAUAAGAGUUGAAGGUAUGGAUUCAUAAUCAGUGCCACCAGAAAAGGCAGAUGUAGCAAUUGAGCAGGAAGUCAUGCAGUAUGAUUAUUGCAAGGCUGCAAUGAAUUUCCCAGUCAUGUUUUAAAUAUAUUGUUAAGGUAAUAACAUAUAUU